AUGCCGCCUCCACUUCUCCAGAUUAAGGCCGGUAGCGGCUCUUAUGAUGCUGAUGUCGAGUCAAGAGAUCCAACUAUGCAGCCAAAGUCUACAGUCCAAGGCGGUCAGGCUGCGCGCUCCUUGUUUAGUCCGCACGACGAGCUUGAAGCACAUGAUGAGCCUGAGGACCAGGACGCGCCCGAAGACUCUGGCACGGACGAAGAAGAUGAUGCGACCAAUAACUCAUCUACCAUUUCCACAGGUGGGAACCCCGGCAAGUAUGGUACCCCAGGUACCACCACCACGACUUUGGACGUGAGUACUCGCACGAUCUGGGAGACGCCUGGAGUUAAGGACAGCUUUCCGGGAGUUGAGCGGAAUGGCCAUCCUACCACGUCCGAACAUUCGGAAGGCGCCACACCAACGAGUAAUGACGGCGCGGCAAAACACUUACACAAUAGCCCAUCCGUCGCCAAACAUAACCGCGGCUCGCAACAGAACAACACUCAGACUGGGGCGGGUACUCUUGCAAGGAACGUGGACGUUAUUUCAGCUUCGCCUUCUGCAGCCGAUGACAAGUCGUCGCAACCGAACAGUCCAGCCUGCCACUCUCCCGCCGGGGAGACGACGACUGGCGGCGAAUCUGGAGCCGAGGACGCCGCUUUGCUGACCACAGAAGAGAGAGCGGACUUUACCCAUGUUGUCGAAGAUAGCCAGAACAUUGUCGUGGCGAGCAAGUCCGCUAUUUCCCACGAGGCAGAUAUGCAUCUAGAGCAUACAACAAUGACUUCCGAAUCUCCUACUGAGCACGGUACGGCUCAUGAGGCAGCAAAACGCUCUGUGCAGCAGAAAAACCUCAAGCGUGCGCGUAAAGCAGCAGACAAGCUUGACACCGCCCGCUCAGGCAAGCGUCAGCGAACGCGAAGGGCAGCCCCCGCGCUUGGAGAACCUGACAGUGACGCAGCGUCAGUUGACAAAGGUCCACGCAGGUCAGGCAGAGCCGCACCGAAGCGCCGGAAACCGAGUAAGACCACGGCCACUGCAGACGUAUGUGAUGAGCUAGACACCGCGACAGCGAAGAGAGGUAACAAGCGUACGGGUAAAUCGGCACCACCUGCUCAAAUCACUGCUCCACCGGAUUCACCGGGUGCUACACCCACUUCAUCUGCGACGCCGACAGCUCAAGGGAAGUUGGCAAGAGUCCUUCUCAGCCAGACAGCAGUCAAGAACGACAGCAAAGCCAUCAAGUGGCUGAAGUCAAUGCUUACCGUGACCGAGGAGGUUCCGACAAGACGCUCCAACUUUGCUUGUGUAGUAGGCAGAUCAUUGCCAACUACGGCGAAGGUCUUGCGUACAAUUGCGCUCGGCAAACCCGUCAUUACCGAGAACUGGGUAAGCCAAUCUCAGAUUGCCAAGGAGCUCCUGGACCCCACUGACUAUCUUCAUCCUGGCGUGAGGGACACAGCAGGUGAUGAUAGAAGCUUGCUGUUCCAGGGCAAGACACUUUUCUUCACAAAUGCGUUGCAUGCCGAGUACGGCGAGGGCUGGUCCAACAUCAAGGCUCUGGCGAACGAGUGUGGUGCCUCGCGUGUUGAGAAAGGUACCGCCGGCAAAGCAAGCGAGGUCACGCCACGCAGCGAGGUCAUUAUCUUCGGUCGAAAGGAGAACGACGAGUCUGUCCUGCGGCUGACGAUGGAUGGACGAACAGUCUACCAAAAGGACUUGCUGACGCAAAGCGUUCUUCGCAAUGCGCUAGAUCUUGAGAGCGAUGAGUUCAUGCUAACUGGUCAUGGCGGAAAGGCAGAUGGUAAGCGGAAGAAGUGA